AUUAGAGAAGACAGCAUUUGAUAAUAGUGGCAAAACUUUAAGGUCUAGUAUUGUUAAGAAACACGUAAAAUUUGCCAACUAAUUUUUCUUUUAACUUUAUAACAGGCCCAAGUCUGUUUUGGUGGUCUGAGGAAAAAAAAGAAGAGCUUCUCAAGUUUUGGGAAAACUAUAUUUUAGUAAUGGAAACUCUAGAAGGAAAUCAGAUACAUGUGAUAAAGCCAGUUUUGCCAAAGCUAAACAGCCUGUUUGAAUAUGCGGUGUCAGAGGAAACCGGACGGUGGCUCCUGCACCCCUCCUGGCACCUGUGUGUUUACAAAAGGAUGUUGGAAAGCGAGAACAAAAUCCUGGCCAAGGAAGGGGUUACCCAUUUCUUGCAGCUCUACGAAACGAAGGUGCUUCCGUUUUCACCGGAGCUUUCGGAGUUUAUUAUUGGACCAUUAAUGGACGCACUUUCAGAGAGCUCUCUCUAUGGCAGGUCGCCGGGCCAGCAGAUAGGAAGUGGGUCUCCACUGGGAUUGAAACUACAGAGAUUUUUAGCUGCUUAUGUUUCUCUUCUUCCAGAAGAACUAAAGAGUAGUUUUUUGUUAAAAUUGAUUCAGAAGAUGUCGAGUAGACAUUGGUGUGCUGUUCCCAUUUUGUUUCUGUCUAAGGCUUUGGCCAGUGUCCCAAGAUGCAAAGCCCUGGGUCUGGAAGGCCUCCUGGCCCUCAGGGGCGUCCUCCAGUGCACCAUGGCCACACACCAGAUCCUGCUGCGCGGGGCCGCCCAGUGCCAUCUGCUCCACGCGGCCAUGAACCUGGUCGACGUGGAGGAAGUGUCGCUGUCCGACAUCUCCGCGUUUCUCACGUCUCUGAGACAGGAGGAGUCCCUGGGCCGGGGAACGGCACUGUGGACAGAGCUCUGUGACUGGUUGCGUGUUAAUGAAAGCUGUUUUGGACGACCCUCAACUUGUGGCUCCCUUGGACUUCAGGAGACGUGCUCUUUAAACGCUUACGUCAAGAGCCUCGUUCAAGAGUAUAUUACGUCACCUGCUUGGGAAACAGGAGAAAACGGCCGGAUGCCGGACUGGGCGGAAGCCAAGCUGGUUGCUCUGAUGGUCUUACUGGCUGUGGACGUGGAAGGAAGGAAGGUCCAACAUAGUGAGAGGCAGAGGACACAGAACGUGCUGAGGCUGUUCCUAGAGCCCCUCCUGGACGCCCUCGCCAAGUUGGGUUCGAACGCCUACCUGCCCCUGCGGAAGACGGACAGGUGCCUGCAGGCGCUGGUGACGCUGCUGCGCACGUGCUCGCCGAAGGGCGCCGGCGCCCGCGAUGAUGAGGUGUCUCCUCUCCUUCAGGACUUUGUCGUGUCCGCCACAGAGAGCAUCUCCAGCUUCCUGCUCAGGAGACUCACUAUGAACGAACUGAGCAGCGUCGCAGACCUGGAUCGCUGCCACCUGUACCUGCAGGUCUUCGCUGAGCUGGCGGGCCUCCCUGGGAAGCGGGGGGAGCGAGGCAGCCCCGUCCUGAGAAUCAUUGCUCCUUUGAGGAACGCAUCCAUCCGGCACCUGCAGGACACGGACAGUGGGCUGGUGCCGACGCUCGGGAGGCAGGUGCAGAGGGCGGUCAGCAUGGCUGCCUUGGCCGCGGUGUGUGAGGCCCUCGACCAGACGCCGGAGCUGCAGCUGGACCCUCCAGAUGCUGGGCCCACGGAGCAGCUCCUCGCCGCCCUCCCGCUCAAUCAGAGGCUGCAGAAGCCGCAGCCGGAGGAGCAGAGCAGUCUUCUGGAAGAAUCGUCGUCUUCCCCAGGCUGGGGCCGAAUCGCUGCGCAGUACAUCCACGACCAGUGGGCCUGCCUCGCCUUCCUGCUGAAGAAGCACCGCGCCCUUCCCCCCACCUCAGAGGGCGCGCUCCUGGACCCCGUGCUGCCCGCCCUUCAGACGCCAGCUCGGACUCUGCAGGCUGCGCUCGCCGCCCUUACGGUCCUCCCCACCGAUCGCGUUUUGCCUGUGUUUCGCUGCAUGAAACUGCUGGUUCCCCAGCUUCUGGCCUCCUCUGAGUCAGUCUGCAUAGAGGCCUUUGACAUGGCUUGGAAAAUUAUAUCGACUCUAAGCAACACUCAGCUGGUGUUCUGGUCCAACUUAAAAGCUUUUGUUCAGUUUGUUUUUGAUACCAAAGUUCUUAGCAUUGCUGCAAAAACCAAGGGCCAGGCAUAUUUCAAAAUAAAAGAGAUUAUGCACCAGAUGAUUGAAAUGUCGGCUGUAAAAACCGGAGUCUUCAAUACACUGAUAACUCACUGCUGCCGAUCGUGGGUAGUUCCUGCUCCAGAGGUGCCCCAGGGGUCUUUGUCAAAUGCUGCGGAUUACAGCGAGCUGCUCCUGGAGGCGUGUGUGUUUGGAACUGUGUUCAGGCGGGAUCAGAGACUCAUUCAGGACAUACAGACCUUUAUUGAAAAUCUUGGACAUGAUUGUGCGGCAAAUGUUGUUAUUGAAAAUACCAAAAGAGAGGACCACUAUGUCAGAGUUUGUGCUGUCAAAUUCCUGUGCUUGUUAGAUGACUCCAAUGUGUCCCAUAAGGCGUUUAUGGAAGACCUUGCCAUCAAGCUGUUAGAGAAAGAGGCACUGGUGUCCUCGUCCAGGACGCGAUGCUACGUGAACUCCCAGCAGCACCGAGUACAAAACCGAGUGUGGCAGAUCCUGCUCGUGCUUUUCCCCCGCUUCGACCAGAAUUUCCUGAAUAGAAUCAUUGACAAGAUUUUGCAGGCUGGUUUCAUCAACAACCAAGCAUCCAUCAAGUAUUACAUCGAAUGGAUUAUUAUACUGAUUCUUCACAAAUUUCCUCAGUUUCUUCCAAAGUUCUGGGAUUGUUUUUCUUGUGGUGAAGAACACCUUAAAACAAGCAUUUGUACAUUCUUGUCGGUUUUGUCACAUUUGGACAUCAUUACUCAAAAUCUUCCAGAAAAGAGGCUGGCUCUGAAGCAGGCCCUGGUCAUCGCGCUGCAGUGGGGCUUCAGCCACAACUUCAGUGUCCGCCUGUACGCGCUGGUGGCGCUGAACAAAGCCUGGGGCAUGUGUAAGACGCUGCGGAUGGGGGAGCUGGACGCUCUGGCGUCCGUGAUCGAGUCCAGCCUCAGUCAGGUGGAGAGCACGCCGGGAGCAGGGAACGCCAAGAGGAACUGGCAGCGCAUCCAAGACCAUUUCUUUUUUGCAGCAUUUCACCCGCUUCAGGACUACUGCCUGGAGACCAUAUUUCACAUCCUUCCGCGCCUUGCAGGCCUUGUUGAAGACGAGUGGAUCGCCAUCGACAAGUUUGCCAAGUUCACGGACCUUCCCUCCGGGGCAGGGGCUCAUCGCUACCUUUCUGCGACUCGGCUGCGCGAGCUGAGGCCGGGGGACUGGGCUCAGCAGGACGCAGGCUCUCACUCGGGUGAAGCAGACAACCAAUCCGAGUGGACUGACGUUCAGAAGAAGGUAAUCCCGUGGAGACACGCUACUCCCGAUGCCGACCUGGAGCUGGCGUUUCAGGAUCGCGCUGCCAAGCUCGGCAAGGCCAUCAGCCACCUGAUCGUCGUGGCCUCCCUCAUCGACAAGCCCACCAACCUAGGAGGUAGCCGUGUGUCGGGGGCUCGCUUAGACUCUAUCCUGCAAACGGUCGGUCAGUCAGCGCACGGCCGUAUGGGCUGCCUUCCAGGCGUGACCCGCUGUGGGAGGCCACGGAGUGGGGGACACAGUGCGCUCAGCCUCGUGCUGCGGACAGUGAUGCCCGCUUGCUCCGCAGGCCUGUGCCGCACCUGCGAGGUGUUCGGGGCGGCAGCGCUGGUGGUCGGCAGCCUUCAGUGCGUCAGCGACAAGCAGUUCCAGCAGCUCAGCGUCUCGGCGGAGCAGUGGCUGCCUCUGGUGGAGGUAAAGCCACCGCAGCUGGCGGCCUACCUGAGGCGGAAGCAGGCGGAGGGCUACACGGUCAUCGGUGUGGAGCAGACGGCCCGGAGCACGGCCCUGACCCAGUACUGCUUCCCGGAGAGGUCGCUGCUGCUGCUGGGAAAUGAGCGUGAAGGAAUCCCUGCCAACCUGAUCCAGCAGCUGGACGUGUGUGUGGAAAUCCCUCAGCAGGGCAUCACCCGCUCGCUCAACGUCCACGUGAGUGGAGCCCUGCUCAUCUGGGAAUAUGCCCGGCAGCACCUGCGCAGGCGAGGGGGCACCCAGGCGUGAGGUCCCACACUCUGAGAGUUGUCGGUGCUAUUGAAACAGUUAAAAAGUAUUUGGACAAAUGAAACAAAUUCUGAAAUAAUUUGUGUUUUUUCCUUAUAACUUAAUGCCAAACUUUUUCAUGUGCCUUAAACAUAUUACUAUGUGUUGUCCUCUUUAAUAAACAUAUUUAGCUAAAUUGUA